AUGAUGAAGAGGCAAGCUACUGCAUUCGCUCUCGCCGCCCUCCUCCUCCUCCUCCUCUCGCCGGUGGCGCACGCUUCUGUGGAGUCCAUAUGCAAGACUAUCACCAAAAAAGACCCUACCGGCAUCGUGUACCUUUUCUGCGUGAAGACGUUGAAAUCGAUCAUCCCUGAAAUAGAUGCCGUCAACGUGCGUGGCCUCGCCUUCAUCGCCACCAAGCUGUCGUCGAUUCAGGCGACGCAUGUCACCGAAAAGAUCGAGGAGCUGCUGAAGAGCUCGCAGGACAAGGCAGAGAAGGAGAGCUUGUCGACGUGCAACAAACAGUACAGCAAUCUGAUCGAUAAUCUCGACUCGGCGCUGAGCGCCAUCAAGGAGAGCCGGAAGGACGACGCCGUGAAAAACCUGAGCUCCAGCGCCGAGGCGCCGAGAGACUGCGAGAAGGCGUUCAAGGACACCGGCGCCAUGUCGCCGUUGGCGGUGGAGGACGGCGUGCAGCGGUUCCUCUCUGCCAUCGCCUUAGGCAUCACCAGAUUGAUAUAA